GCUGGGUACCAGUCAGCGCUCCCCGGCUCUAGCGGCGGAAGAGAUGGAGCAGCGUCACGAGCGCCCGGCCCCUUAAAACGCUGCUGGCUGUAGCCGCCUCCCUCCCGGCAACCCGCGGCGGGGAUGGAGUAAAGGGAGACCCAUCGACCUGCUCGCAGGGAUCUGCAAUGGAGUUAAAGCAAUCUUUGUCUACCCAUCUGGAAGCUGAGAAGCCUCUAAGGCGCUAUGGGGCAGUGGAGGAGACGGCGUGGAAAGCGGAGGGACUGGGGAGAAAUCAGCUGGACAUCAUCUCCAUGGCGGAGACCAGCAUGAUGCCCGAGGAGAUUGAACUGGAGAUGGUAAAAAUUCAGCGUCUCCGGGAAGUCUUGGUCCGACGGGAGUCUGAGCUCAGGUUUAUGAUGGAUGACAUCCAGCUUUGCAAUGACAUCAUGGACCUGAAGCAGGAGCUGCAGAACUUGGUGGCCAUCCCAGAAAAAGAAAAAACCAAGCCACAGAAGCAGAGAGAGGAUGAGCUAAUCCAGAAGAUCCACAAACUGGUGCAGAAGAGAGACUUCCUGGUGGACGAUGCAGAGGUGGAACGGUUAAGGGAGCAAGAAGAAGACAAGGAAAUGGCCGAUUUCCUGAGAAUCAAAUUAAAACCUCUAGAUAAAGUAACCAAAUCUCCAUCCAGCUCCCGAGCAGAGAAGAAAGCAGAGCCCCCACCUAGCAAGCCCACGGUGGCCAAGACCGGGCUGGCACUCAUCAAGGACUGCUGCGGGGCCACCCAGUGCAAUAUCAUGUAGCCCCCAUGUGUGGUGACCCCGGGGCCAUGGGAAAACCCCUCCCACCCUCUUGUCUUCAUAGCCUCCUUUUCAUUGGGGCCCAAGAGCUCUCCAAGGCAGAAGGGGUUGAAGGCAAGCCCAUGACUGCUGCCAGGGGCUAUGGGUGCGGCAGGCGGGCCCAGCCGCCCUGUACAGAGUGUAGCAAUAGGGAGUUCCUUACUGUCGCAUGGCCCUCCCCAGAGCAUGCCGAACCCAGGAGUCUGUCUCACUGUUUAUCCAACUACCAGGAAAGGUCCUCCCUCAAAAAAGUAUAUCUCCACUUCUAUCUAUCCGUAUCUAACCCACGGUGUGAAUGAACUGGGAGAGGGGCAUGAUACCCAGGUGUGUAUACUUGUGACUUUUCAAUACUCUAGCACCAUGUUGGACACACCCCCAAUCCACUCUCCUAGCUCAGCUGUUAGGCCUGCCCCCGUGGGCACAGCCAUGUCCCCCAUUUGUCCUCCUGCAGGGUCUGUGCCCUGGAGGGCCCCACACAGCCCACGUGUCUUGGAGACACAGAGGGCCCAUCUGUAAAGAUUGAACUUGUAUGUGGUGUCAUGCUCACAUCUGCUUUCUCCCUUCCUGUUUCUGGGCACGGUUCACAUCAGGGGUGAUUCCAUUCGCUCUUGGCUCUUCCUUCCCUUCCACCACGUGCGUGGAGCAGAGUUGGGGCUGGUGCUGCGACUGGAGCACAUUCCAUGCUCAGAGGAGGUGCACAGAGCCAGAGACUCCAACACUGAGAAAA